UCCACACGGCGUUAUUUUGCACUCGGACACAAAUUCACGCUGCACUAGCAGGCGAAUGCGGUUCGGCUUUGUCAUUCAUAGUUUAGGGUUUAUUUGCUCACUAUGCCUGCAUAAAUACAUAACAACAAAUAGAGAGGCAUAAUGGCGGACUCCAGGCAGAUGAAGCUGGAUUUCACUCUGAAGGAAUUGACUCUCUCCUGUCACUCUGAAGAUGUUCCCGGCAGCUCGUCCACGGUGGAGCUGCAGGACAAGAAACUGGUGUGUGUGGAGUAUCCGGCGGUGGUCAACAGUGUCAGCAAGAUGCUGGAGACUCUCGGCGGUGAUCAAGCAGUGUCCAAAACCUUCGCUCACCCCAACCGGCGGCUUGAGCUGCGUUACCGACCUCAGGACCCUUUCUGUCAUUCUCUGUGUGGAAACCGCUUCCCGUCCAGCAACCUCCUCCUCAGGGUGCGACGGCGGGUCAGAAAAAGUGACCCCAAAGACGCUGAGAUCAACAUGGAUGUACUGGGAGUCAUAGGAACAACGUACAAAUUCCAAGGGCUGGCAGACUUUCAGUGCCUCGCUGUGCAUUCAGAACAUGGGAAAGACACGUCUUUAUAUGACAAAAUCAUCCUCCGCAAAUCAGAGAAUCAAGAGUUCUUUGAGCAGCCCAUGCCUUACUUCCUUCCCCCGGCCAUCUUCUCACGCCUCGACACUCCUGUGGAUUAUUUCUACCGGCCUGACAUCCAUCAAAACCAGAUGCCCCUUAACAAGAACUUUAUUGGUCUGAAUCGCGCCCGCCGGCCCCACAACGCCAUUUUUGUCAGCUUCACUGAACCCACCGUACCCACUGAGUGCCUGGAGGCAGCCAAGGUCAACUGGAUACGAGUCUGCCUGAAGGAGCGUGACAAACAGGCAGAAGAACAAUUGAAAACAAUGUUUGAGAGUCGGCCCAUCUGGUCACGGAACGCGGUCAAGGCUAACAUCAACAUCCACCCUGAUAAACUGAAACUGCUGCUGCCCGUCUUUGCCUACUACAUGGUGACAGGACCAUGGAGAAGUCUGUGGGUGAAGCUGGGCUAUGACCCACGAAAGAGCACAGAUUCCAAAAAAUACCAGAUGCUGGACUUUAGGAUCCGUUGCAGCACCAAGCACGGGUAUUCACUAUCUGACAUGCCAGUGAAAGCCAAGAGGAGUGCCCUUAACUACAGUCUACCAAUCACAUUUAACAAAGCUGGUCCUCAGCCAGCUAGUGUGAUGGAACUUCCAGCUCAGGAGGGUCCAAGUACCAGUCGAGAUCCAGUACCAAUCACAUACCGGCUGAAGGAGUCAUCUUACAUUUUCAGAGAGGGCAUGCUGCCUCCUCACAGACAGAUGUUUUACCAGCUCUGUGAUUUGGAUGUAGAAAGUGUCCGACAGGUGAUUGAGCAGAACAGCGGUAAAGAGGAGGUAUGUGACGAGCGGGAUGGCUGGUGUGUUCUCGGCACCACCGACAAGCUGAGGGACAUAAUCUCAGCCAUGAUCAAGAAGGUCAUCCGAGCACAGAAACCAUCAUUGCCAGAAAUGCCCAAGAGGCGCAGACGCACAGGCCUAGAUUUAAAAUUCCCAGUGAGAGACAUGGAUGAGGAGGAGGAGGAAGAUGAGAGCAAGGAAGAUGAAGAGGAAGAUGAGGAUGAUGAAUUUCAGCCAUCAGAGGGAAGUGAAAAUGAGAUGGAGACAGAAAUUUUGGAUUACAUCUGACAAAAGACUUCUGUGUUUUUUCUUUCUGUAAAAUGUGAUGUUUUGACUUAUUUUUGGAGCUAAAUGUAAAUAAAAAUGAAAGUGUUUCUAAUGGUUUGUGCAAGAACUCUUGUUCGGGCAGAAGUUUUUUGCUAAUACAGAACGACUGAAAUUUA